GGGUAAGGAAAAGGCUCCAAGAUUAUGAUUUGAAGAUGAUGAGCUAAUGUUAUCUGAAUCUGAAGUCUGAGCUUGGCUAUGGGCUUGAUUGGGUUGGGCUGGGCUCGCUUAUGCUGGGUAGCUCUGUUGCUAUAAAACCCAAUCCCACAAAAUCUUCCUGACACUGUACCCCUCUGAAGUCUGGAUAUUAUCUUCACUUCGGCAGUCUUCACCUACCAUUUCUCCAGGGCAAUGGUAACCAGUGAACAGUGAACACGCCUACAUAUAGACAGCUCUGUGCUUCAUCUCUUCCCCCAAAAGAAGAAGAAAUGGCUUGCUCCGCUACUUCAACCACCGGUCUUAUCUCCUCAAUUGCCGCCACUACCAAAUCCAUGGCUUCUCCCAUCUCAAAACCCUCUCAAACCCUUAAUCUUCCUAGUUCCUUCUUUGGCCACCGUAAGCCCCUCCUCCAAUCUCGCGCCACUCGAUCUAUCUCAUUGAAUCGCGGCUCUCAUUCGAGGAAGAGCUUCGUUGUCAAGGCCAGUGGUGACCUUCCACUAGUGGGAAAUACAGCACCAGAUUUCGAGGCAGAGGCUGUUUUUGAUCAGGAGUUCAUUAAGGUUAAACUCUCCGAAUAUAUUGGGAAGAAAUAUGUGAUUCUCUUUUUCUAUCCUUUGGACUUCACAUUUGUUUGCCCCACAGAGAUCACUGCAUUCAGUGACCGUUAUGCAGAGUUUGAGAAGAUAAACACAGAAAUAUUGGGUGUUUCAGUUGACAGUGUGUUCUCCCACCUGGCAUGGGUUCAAACUGACAGAAAGUCAGGAGGCCUUGGAGAUUUGAAGUACCCCUUGAUAUCUGAUGUCACUAAAUCAAUUUCAAAAUCUUAUGGGGUACUAAUCCCUGAUCAGGGAAUUGCUUUGAGAGGACUUUUCAUUAUCGACAAGGAAGGAGUAAUCCAGCACUCCACCGUUAACAAUCUUGCUAUUGGGAGAAGUGUUGACGAGACAUUGAGAACACUCCAGGCAUUGCAAUAUGUGCAAGAAAAUCCAGAUGAAGUUUGCCCAGCAGGGUGGAAGCCUGGAGAGAGGUCAAUGAAGCCAGACCCCAAGCUGAGCAAGGAGUUCUUCGCAGCAAUAUAAGAGGGGUUAGCAUUGAAACCUCAACCUUCAUAUCAUUUUCAGAUAGUGAGAUGUAAACCAUUUUUGUUGUUUUUAGUGUAAUGUCCACGUUAGUUUUUAGGAGCAGUUUAUGGAAUAAGAGCAUUGGAGAGAACCUGCCUCGGUUGUUUUUGUGAACGGAUUGGGCAGUAACCAAAAUGUUCCCUUUGUUCCUUGUUUAUUUUAUUUUAUUUUAGCAGUGUGCAAUUGUAUGGUUA